GCCCCAAGAAUCGAGCUGGGUGAGGGGCGGCAGAGUGGCGGCGCAGCCUCGGUAGGCGAACAUGAGUUUGGCUGGGGGCCGCGCCCCCCGGAAGACGGCUGGGAACCGGCUCUCCGGGCUCCUGGAGGCGGAGGAGGAAGAUGAAUUCUAUCAGACGACUUAUGGGGGUUUCACCGAGGAAUCUGGAGAUGAUGAGUAUCAAGGGGAUCAGUCAGACACAGAGGAUGAAGUGGACUCUGACUUUGACAUCGAUGAAGGAGAUGAACCAUCCAGUGAUGGAGAAGCAGAAGAGCCAAGAAGGAAGCGCCGAAUAGUCACCAAAGCCUAUAAGGAGCCUCUAAAAAGCCUGAGGCCUCGAAAGGUCAGCACCCCAGCUGGUAGCUCCCAGAAGGCCCGAGAAGAGAAGGCUCUGCUGCCACUAGAACUACAGGAUGAUGGCUCUGACAGUCGGAAAUCCAUGCGUCAGUCCACAGCUGAGCAUACACGACAAACGUUCCUUCGGGUACAGGAGAGGCAAGGCCAGUCCCGACGACGAAAGGGGCCUCAUUUUGAGCGACCACUGACCCAGGAAGAGCUACUCAGGGAGGCUAAGAUCACAGAAGAGCUCAACUUACGUUCACUGGAGACAUAUGAGAGGCUUGAGGCUGACAAGAAGAAACAGGUUCAUAAGAAACGGAAGUGUCCCGGGCCCAUAAUCACCUAUCAUUCCGUGACAGUGCCACUGGUUGGGGAGCCAGGCCCCAAAGAAGAGAAUGUGGAUGUAGAGGGACUUGAUCCAGCUCCUUCAGCUUCUGCAUUGACUCCUCAUGCUGGGAGUGGACCUGUCAUCCCUCCUGCUCGCUGCUCACGUACCUUCAUCACAUUCAGUGAUGAUGCAACAUUUGAAGAAUGGUUCCCCCAAGGGCGACCCCCAAAGGUCCCAGUUCGGGAGGUUUGCCCAGUGACCCACCGUCCAGCCCUAUACCGGGACCCUGUAACAGAUAUACCCUAUGCCACUGCUCGAGCCUUCAAGAUCAUCCGUGAAGCUUACAAGAAGUAUAUCACUGCCCAUGGACUACCUCCCACUGCCUCGGCCCUGGGCCCUGGCCCCCCUCCUCCUGAGCCCCUCCCUGGCUCUGGGCCCCGAGCCUUACGUCAGAAAAUCGUCAUCAAAUGAACAGAUGUCUAGUCCCUAGAAACCUCUUCCGGCCCUAACCUGGGGCUCUUGACUUUUCUCCUUCCCUUCCCUUUCUUUGUUUUUUCCCUUUGUCAUCUCUGAUAACUUGCUCAGUCCUCUUCUGUAUUUCUUUUCCCACCUUUCCUCUAGUUCUUUCUGGUUUUGUUGUUUUUUUAAUCUAAUAAAACAGAAAGAUUUA